CUAAUUUUGACACUCGACAGACCAUCCUCCUGAUUUGUCUUGUCUUGGGUGUAAAUAUCAAUGAAAAUUUUAUGAAAUUCUGAAUCUGAAAUCAUCCAAGAAAGUUAAUAUCAUUUUUGAUAUCUAAUCAUGUCGGGCUUUCCAGGUAGUUUAGCCUUCGAUGAAUAUGGUAGACCUUUCAUUAUAUUGAAGGAUCAAGACAAACAAAAAAGACUUUCCGGUUUAGAUGCCUUAAAGUCUCAUAUUUUGGCAGCAAAACAAAUUGCUGCCACUGUUAAAACAUCCUUGGGUCCCAAAGGAUUAGACAAAAUGAUGGUCUCUCCGGAUGGGGAAGUUACUGUAACCAAUGAUGGUGCUACAAUCUUGAAAAUGAUGGACGUUGAACAUGAAAUUGGAAAAUUAUUGGUUCAGCUAUCCCAAUCUCAAGAUGAUGAAAUAGGUGAUGGAACUACAGGGGUUGUAGUUCUUGCUGGAGCACUUUUAGAACAAGCUGGUGCCUUAUUGGAUCGUGGAAUCCACCCUAUCAGAAUUGCAGAUGGUUAUGAGCUAGCUUGUGAUGUAGCUGUCAAACACCUCGAUAAGAUAGCCGAAUUAUUCCCAGUUUCUGCAGAAAACAUUGAGCCUCUGGUUGAGGUAGCUAUGACCACAUUAGGAUCAAAAAUUAUCAAUAAAUGCCAUAGACAGAUGGCAGAAAUUGCUGUUAAAGCUGUGAUGGCAGUAGCAGACUUGAAAACUAGGGAUGUUAAUUUCGAGCUGAUCAAAGUUGAAGGCAAAGUAGGAGGACGAUUAGAAGAUACCAUCUUAGUCAAAGGGGUGGUAAUUGAUAAAACAAUGUCCCAUCCACAGAUGCCCAAAGAACUCAAGGAUGUAAAAUUGGCCAUCCUAACCUGUCCAUUUGAACCCCCAAAACCUAAAACUAAACAUAAGUUGGAUGUAACCAGUGUAGAAGACUACAAAGAAUUAAGACAGUAUGAACAGGACAAGUUUUCAGAGAUGGUAUCCUUGGUUAAAAACGCAGGUGCUACCUUGGCAAUUUGCCAAUGGGGAUUUGACGAUGAAGCUAAUCACUUGCUCCUUCAAAGGGAACUACCGGCCGUCCGUUGGGUAGGAGGUCCGGAAAUUGAGCUUAUAGCUAUUGCUACAGGAGGAAGGAUUGUUCCUCGUUUUGAAGAAUUGAACGAGCAGAAGCUUGGUAAGGCUGGGUUGGUCAGGGAGUUGUGUUUCGGAACAACCAAGGAUAGGAUGUUGGUCAUUGAAGAUUGUUCCAAUUCAAGAGCAGUCACCAUUUUGAUCAGAGCGGGGAAUCAAAUGAUUGUUGAUGAAGCAAAGAGAAGUAUUCAUGAUGCCUUGUGCGUCGUCAGGAGUUUGAUUCAGGAACCAAGGGUAGUUUAUGGAGGAGGUGCAGCUGAAAUAUCUUGCAGUCUUGCAGUAGCUGCACAGGCUGAUCAAUUGGCAUCUCUAGAACAGUAUGCCUUCAGAGGAUUUGCUGAGGCUUUGGAAUCAAUUCCCCUUGCCUUGGCAGAGAACAGUGGUUUGUCUGCUAUCCACGCACUUGGAGAAAUGAAGGCAAAACAAUCUUCCACCAAGGAUCAUGCUCUGGGAAUUGAUUGUAUGCAAACAGGCAAUAGUAACAUGAGGGAGCAACAUGUUAUUGAAUCUCUGAAGUCGAAGAAACAACAGUUGCUUCUAGCAACCCAGUUGGUAAAGAUGAUUUUGAAAAUCGAUGAUGUGAGAAAGCCUCAAGAUUCUCAAGGAUUGUAAGAAGUUCGGUUGACUUUUUUUUGUAUUAACGCUCGAGACUAACUUUUAAAACGUUAUUUAAGAUUGUAUUUAAUCAGUAAUAAAAACGAACUUGUCAAA